AUGAGCAGAACAACAACUGCAGCAUCAUCCAGACAUAACAAAAGCAAUGAUGGCAAUCUUGAAACCCCGACCAAGAAACUGGGAAAAAGGUUGCGGAAAAAGCUCAAUAAGAAUAAAGAGGAAGUGUUUAGCGAGACGAAGACCACGAAGAUCACAACGGAUGAAAAAAAAUCGAUUAUCGUUGGAAAUGAGAAUCAGAUGGAGAAUGGGAGGGUGCCCCCACAGUCUCCAGCGCCUCAGCUAUUGUCCUUUAUCUCUAAACAAGGGGAAAUGUUUGAGGGGAGCAUGCGGAGCCAAUUGUACUGGAAUGACUAUCAACUCUGGAGCACGCUAAGGUCAUUCUUCGUGGUGGACAAGAAAAAGCUGUAUGAAAACGGGUUUCCGGUACAGUCCACGAAGCCUGGGUAUGCUCAUUGCUUACAGGCAUAA